UCGGAAUUCAACGAGCUUUUUUAAUAACAGUGAUUUUAAUGAAGAACAGAAUUUACGUCAGUUGGGGAUUCCUGAUUGGGCACGAAUUUUACAAUUCGUUUUUAUGAUUUUAUUAUUUAAUUUUGGAUUGCUAGGUAACGGGAUAGUUGCUAUUAUUCAAAUACGACUUAGUGAUAAAUCGAGCACAGACUAUCUCGUGCUGACAAUGGCGCUGUUGGAUUUCUUCUGCAGCACGUGCGUCACGCCGUUUUACAUGGCGCAAAAUAUCGAGUCGGUUUGGAAAGCUGUGGUUUCAAGUACUCUCUGUAAAAUGAAAUAUUUUGUGGUGUACGGAACUAACAUUUCUUCAACAAUGUUGUUUUCUGCCUUAGCUUUCGACAGGUAUAUGAGAACGUGUCAUCCGUUCAGUUCUUUAUACACGUGCCUAAAGUCCAAAAUAUUGUGCGUGUCAAUUAUUCUAGUAAGUUUUGGCAUAGCACUCUCGGCAUUCUAUGUUUUCGACCAGAACGAGGCUUUCAAUGACUGCGUUAAAGUCGAGGGUUCUAGGGUAAUGGAGACCAUAAUGAAUUCCUGUUUGACUGGAGCCUUUGUUCUGCUAUUCGGCAUGGUUGUAUUUUGUUAUACGAAAGUUGCUUUAAAGAUACGGAAGCGGCGAAACGACCGAAAUAAGCGGAAAUGUCAAUCAUUGGAACAGCGUAGCUCGAAAAGUAAGAAUUCCGGUCUUUUAAAGUCGAAUAAAGUCGUGCCUUUAUCAUCAUCAUCAAGGGAUGGUUCCCGUUCGUCUGAAAACGACAGAGUAAAAAAUGCUAGUUCGACGACCCCGGCUUUUGGCUCUGCUCGGGCUUGUUGCUCGGAUUUUACAAUCGACACCCUUAAAACCGGAAAUGACAAAGUGGACUUUGCAGAGCGGGAAAAUCGAGGGAAGGACCUAAACCAUAUGAAUUAUUUGGCAUUGACACCGUCGGCGUUGAAGAAUCUAACGUCAAAACGAAAUGACCAGCCUUUCGCCAUGCAAAAUCGAUGCAUAAUUACAAAACAAGAACUUUUAAAAGACAAUGGUGCCUGUUGUCAAUUGAAAUGCAAAAAUGAAACUGUCCAGUACUUAACUAAAAGUUGUCAACAACCGUCUAACUUUCAUCACCAGUACCAUAAAAAGCACCAAACGUUGCUGCAAUCAAACAACAACGAAAAUAUAAAACAACAGACUCAACAACAGCACUUGCAACAGUCGGAAGACAGCACUUGUGUGUUGUCCGAACGCGAGAAAAAGGAAAUACGUAAAGUUAAUUACGUCACAUUUAUGAUGUUUACAAUUACCGCAACUUACGUUCUCACGUGGGUUACCACCUGGGUUAUGUACGCCAUAUUCGACCAGACGACAGUGACUGGGCGCGUGAUUCUCUACCUCACGAAAACCUCGUUUGUUGUAAAUUACAUCGCAAAUCCUAUAUUCUUCACUUUUAUGAGCGCACGAUUUCGUGAGAGGGCCAAGAAUCUCAUCUUCUGUCGAAAAUAAAAAUUAAAAAAAGAAAACGUAAAUUUGAAAAGAUAUAUAUAUAUAAAUAGAUUCGUUAGCUUGUAGUGAUGUUUGUCAUGCAUUGCAGCAAGUCAUGAAAUUAAAGAUAUACUAUGCUCAUCCUUUAGUAAAAUAUUAUAUUAGUCUAUACAAUUCUUACUGAAUAUGUCUUAUUUGAAUAAAAGAAUGAAUAAACUAUGUAUGGGAAGCUGCGUUCCCUAUUACAGGCCAAGUUAAUUUCGCCCUUUCUUUAAAAAAACUGCCAGCUUAUUUAAUGACUCUAUAUAUUCAUACUGUGACCACCUAUAGUGUGUAGUUUUUUUAAAGGCCCUGUCACACUAGACUAUGCUUGCAAUG